AUGGAACAACACUUAACUGAUGAAACUAAUUAUGCUAACAAAUUGAAAGCAUCUGAAAGGAAAGUUUUCACGGGUUUAGUUUGGUGUUUGGAUGGAACAGAAAUAGAGCCAGAAGGUGUUGAUCAAAAUCAAAUUAAAAAUGACACAUCGUUUACAAUCUGUUUUGCAGAGAAACAAAGUGGGCCAGAUGAAGCAAGCGAGCAUAUAGAUUUAGCUCACCAAGAUAUUGAAAAUUUUAAGAGAAGAAUUAGCUAUUGGACAAGUGCAUGCUCAGGAAACGAAGGACUGAAACAAGUUAUUGGUAGCAAAUGGUUGAGCAAGAAAUGA